UUCGUUGUUUCGGUGCGGAAGGUUGGUAUCUUGGAGUUGUGUUGUUGAGUCGUGCGAUCUUGGAACUUCGAUUCACACAGGAGGAAAAUAACAAGGGACAUUAGUGGAGAAGUGCAGAAAAAGGGACGAGGCUGAGGAGAAAAGGGGUUCCAAGAUGCAGUGUGAUGACAUCAUCAGACGUUAGUGACGUCACCAUCAUGUGCUACCCAGCUCUCUGUCUGGUUCUGCUCUUAUUGGGGGUUGGUAUCAAUGGGUCGGACCGUAGACUGGACUGUGCAGCCUGCAGUGGUACGAACUCCACUUGUCGCUUAGUCUCCGGUAUUUUCACCCGGCCUCAGUUACCCAUGGGUUAUAACCUCAUCACACAACUGCCCCAGUCUGCAUGCAACCUUACCAUCAGCGAGCUUAAGCAGAGCAGAAACUAUCUUGCUCUACGGCGGAUUGAUGGCAGUUUCUUGUUGAACGGCAACUGGGCCAUCAACUGGUCCGGGGAUUUCAACGCAGGAGGAACUCCAUUCUCGUACACAAGAGACGAUGAUCAGCACAUAGAGUCUAUACACUCCCCCGGUCCUCUACUGGAACCUCUAGAUCUCAUGCUGAUCUACCAGCAGCCAAACCCUGGUAUCAAGUACCAGUACCAGCUUCCCAUGGUCAGGUCUGAACAUUCCGCCAAGGAGUCGGUGAUUGCACCUCCGCUUGCCAGGCAUCCGUCUCCAAAUCAUAUCCCAGAAGAUCAUAAAGCAUUAGAAAAUGGGGUUGAUACAAGGCCUAGCAGUCCAGUCUUCCCAUACGGCACCACCACAGCAGGUGGAGGGGGGGAUAUGCAGGCCUACGCAGGAGACGAAGCUGUCAAAUCUCGACCCAAGCGAAAACGAAAAUUUGCUUGGAAGAUCACCGGAUUCACAGAGUGUUCUAGAUCUUGUGGUGGAGGUAUCCAAACAGCUGUGAUAGCUUGUGUGAGAGAACACAAUCAGCUGACAGUAUCCGACCGACGAUGCACUGCUUUCGAAAAACCGCCUCCGCAAAUUGUUCGAUGUAAUCUGAAGCCAUGCGUAGCUGAGUGGGUGGGAGGUGAGUGGAGCGAGUGCUCCGUCACUUGCGGGGAAGGAGUGCAAACCAGAGAGAUCCUUUGUCGUCAGGAGAUCACGACCACACUGAUUAUGACAGUGGCUGACGGGGCGUGUCUGACCCCGCCGUCUCCGUUGCUGCAUCGCAUCCGUACGUGUCAGCGACCCCCCUGUGCCCCGCCUGACCAAGGCACGGAGAGAGAAACACAGUGGCAGGUCGGCCCUUGGAGCGAGUGCUCGGUGACGUGUGGGCUUGGGGUGAGGUCUCGGACUGUAGCUUGCCCCGCUACCUCCCCUGCGUGCCCCGCCGCAGACCGGCCGUCCGCAGAGUCAGUGUGUGACACUGGCCCGUGUCAGUCCCCGGCAGCCGCUGCCUCGUCUGACACCUCUCAGCCACAGUGGUUCUACACAGAGUGGUCUCAACAGUGUUCCGAGGGGUGUGGGACAGGUGUACAGACCAGAAAGGUGUUCUGUUCUACAGGAGACCCCCACCACUGCCCCGCCGACACACAACCAGACAGUUACAGAGCUUGUAGUAGUGACAAGCUGUGCGGAGGCCAGUGGUAUGCGGGGCCGUGGGGGCUGUGUACCGUAGGCUGUGGAUGGGGCAGACAAUCCCGAAGUGUUCUGUGUAUCGCCCGCACAACUCCACAAGGUCAUUACUCCAUCUUGCCGGAGGACAGUUGCGCUGCGGAACAACGUCCUGUCUCGGAACAGCCUUGUCAGACGCAGCCCUGCACAGCUGAGUGGUACACAGCUGACUGGUCCCAGUGCUCCAGGUCGUGUGACACCGGAGUGCAGAGAAGAGAUGUCCGAUGUUUAGAUGAACAUCAGGAGAUGUCUGAAAGAUGUCCUCAACAUCUCAAACCUCCAACGCGGAGAUCCUGUAAUACUCACAAAUGCUCGGCCGCAGGCCCCAUUGACCCCGGACUACAGAAGAAUACUCUAAGUGAUGGUCACAGUCCUGGAGAUCAACCUCAACAUCAAAACUCAGACGAUCCAGAAUGUAAAGAUCAAUACCACAACUGUCACCUAGUAGUACAAGCGAGGUUAUGUAAGUACAAGUACUACAGAACUUCUUGCUGCCAGUCUUGCCACAACAAGCUGUAAUUUGGGUUACCAACACAACGGAAGCUUCAUUACCACGAUGCCACUUCAGUGUUGAGCUCGUAUCAGUUCACACGCCAAACUCAUCAUCAUGUGUAGAAUUGGCACCAUUUGUAUGACUUUGCUGGUACGCCAUACGAAAUGAGACUAUUUCAUUUUAAAACUUUCCUGAUUGUUGAUAGUUGAUUUAUGGCAGUUUUAAGUACUGUAUUUAUUUAUGUACAGAUUUGUUGUUAAGAUUCUUGAUCGGAACAAAAAUAUCUUUCUGCACAACAGAUAUUAUUAGUUGUUCUCUGAUAUAUUUAUGAGGUGGUAUUUAUAUACAGUCUUGAUAAUCUGACCUUCAGUUCUUCCAUCCCUUCAUGAGGAAAAUGAAGUACCAAAGAAUCAAGUUCUGUGCCUAACAGGGCGAAUGUAUAAACUCACCACAUAUUUCAUGUAUAUUAAUUAACUUGAAAUACUAAAUGUUUCUAAAGACCUGCCCUCUGAUUAAACUUUGAAAUAGCAAGUAUAUCAAUGCAUGGUAAAACAUUGAAAAUUUCAAAGUGAUUCUAUUUGAACUUAGCCUUUUUUAAACCCACGAAUAAUUAAAUUACCAAGAGGAGACUGAACAAACGUAGUUUCUCUUUGUUUUUUAUGUCUGAAUACGCAGUUUUCCCACAUAACUCUGGGGGUAGGAUUUUUUUUGGUUUUUUUUGUCAGUUUAGAUUUUUUCCCAUCCAGGCAAGCCUGCUAAACCCCACAAAAUCCUGAGAAUCUUGUUUUAGUUUGUUUAUAACAUGAAAAUUAAUGGAAAAAUAUGUAAAAACAAAUAAAACCCCCAGACCCCAUCAAUAAUCAAAUUUUCUAAAUGGAAACUGAUGUUGGUUUCUAUUAAAAAAUUACAGAUAGUAAGAUAUAUUGUCAAUCCUGCCUUGAAAGUUUAUCAUUACCGUACAUCAUAAAAGUAACUUGUUAAAAAAAUUCAAAAUUACUUCACUUUCUAAUGGCAAUCUUGUAUCAACCAAUACAAAAAAAAAUAAUUAAAAAUAAUUAUAUGUAAAAAUUAAACAAAGCAAACACCAAGAAGGGCAUCAUGUAACUUUAAGGACUGAUGUAUUUUAUUCAAAACUCUGCCAUGAAUAAAUGUCUCUAAACAGCUAAGAUAUUGAAUUUAUACAGAAAUUUUGUACAUUUAUAUUUCAAUUUUGUUUGUGUAUGUAGGAUUCUAUUUAUUGUUAAUAUGUACAUUGUUGUAAUUGUAUUGUCGAUUGCUAAUUGUCAAGUAGUAUAUAAGAAAUAAACAAGAAGUAUUAUUAGAUGUAACAGUAGUUCAGUAAAGAAAUGAAACACUGCAGAUUGUGAUUCUCUGUUAGUUAAGUGGUGAGUAUUCAAGCAUCAAAACCAUUAACUUAAUGUGUAAAUAUUACGUAAUCAAGCAUCUGAGAUGUAGAUUGUUUCCUCAUCAGUUGAUAAAAUUUUAAAGUUUACCAACUUUGUGUGUUUAAUUUUUGUAAAAUAAAAUACUGGAGCUAUUUAGUGUUAGAUGAAAGUUAUUCUUCCAGAUAGGUGGGCUACCAGAAUUCUGCUCUGUAAAAAAAAUAUUCUUGUGGAUUUUUGCAAAGUUCUUACAAAGGCGCAGCCCAUGUUUUUCCUGUUAUUUAUAUAUAUAUAUAAGUAUUCUAACUGUAUAUUUCCUAUAUGUAUAUGUCUUUCAAAAUAGUUCUUCUCUUUGAAUAAACUGUCGG